GAAAACCACUAAAAGAUGUACUAAAAUAUAAACCACUGGAAGUAGCUUUUUAGCCCAUGGUAUUUUUCUAUUCUUUGGGCGUUCACUUCCUUGACAUCUUCAUCUUCCUAUAUAUAACAACCUCCUCCACUUUUCUUACUACACCAAAUCUAAUCAAUUUUCUCUGUCAUCUAAAAAAGCCACAAAAUCACUUAUUCAAUUUCAAUAAUCAUUAACACAGAAGAUGAGUUCAACAAGCAGAGCAUGGGCAGCAGCAGCCAGUGUUGCAGUUGUGGAAGCUUUGAAGGAUCAAGGUAUAUGCAGAUGGAAUCAUACACUAAAAUCACUUCAAAAUCAUGUUAAAAACAAUGUCAGAUCUUAUUCUCAAGCAAAGAAGCUUUCAUCCUCCACUUCUUCUUCUUCAGCUAUGGUUUCCACUAAAAGACAAAAAGAGAAAGUAAAGCAAUCAGAAGAAUCUUUGAGGACAGUCAUGUACUUGAGUUGUUGGGGUCCCAAUUAAUUAUAAAAGAAUAUAUUCUUUGAUAUUUCUUUAUGUAUUGUGCAACCUUGAAAGAAAUUGAUGUAAAUUAUGAUCAAUUAAUCAAAUUAGCAACCAACACUGAAUUUCUCUACA